AGUCUCUCCUCCAGGUGGUUCCUUCUCAGUACUCUGAGGAAGUGGAGUCUAUGCUGAGCCUUUUUAACCAGUGCUGCUGUGCUGACUGUCCAGGUGAGGUCCUCAGAUAAAUGAGUCCCCAGGAACUUGAAGGAGGCCGCUGUCUCCACACAGACCCCGUUGAUGGAUAGUGGAGCAUGGACACCCCUAUGCCUCCUGAAAUCAAUGACCAUCUCUUUGGUGUUCAGCUCCAGGUUGUUCCUCAAACACCACCCUGCCACCUCCUGUAUUUCCUCUCUGUUUCCUCACCGCCCGAGAUGAGGCCAACCACGGUGGAGUCAUCGGCGAACUGAAUGGUGGUGAUGGAGGGGUGGAUGGGUGAACAGGAGGGGGCUCAGCACACAGCCCUGGGGGGAACCAGUGCUGAGUGUCAGGGUGGAUGAGUAGAACUGACCCACCUUCACAACCUGUGGUCGGUUAGUUAAGAAGUUCUUGAUCCAGGAGCACAUCAGGGGGUCCAAGUCCAGGUCCACCAGCUUCUCCACCAGGAUGUCUGGGCUGAUGGUGUUGAACACGAAGCUGUAGUCGACGAACAGCAUCCUGACGUAGGUUCCUGGGAGCUCUAGGUGGGUCAGGGCUGUGUGAAGAGCUGUGGUGAUGGCGUCCUCUGUGGACCGGUUUGUACUAUAGGCAAACUGGUGUGGGUUGAAGUUCUGGGGGAGGCAGACUUUAAGGUGCUGGAGAACCAGCCUUUUAAAGCACUUGAUCAGCACAGACGUCAGUGCCACUGGUUUGUAGUCAUUAAGCUGACUGAUGGCUGUGCUCUUGGUCUGGGCACUGGAACGAUGGUAGCUACCUUUGGACAGGGCGGUACUUUAGCCAGUGACACGGAUGAGAGGAAGAUCCCCGUCAGAACUCCUGCCAGCUGGUCUGCACAAUUCCAAGUGUGUGUGUGUUUGUUGCAUUUUAUGUGUUUUUGUGGUUAUUUUCUGUCUCUUUGCAGUUGUUUGUGUUUCUCUGUUGGUGUUUUGUGUCUUUCACAAUCUUUUGACUUGAUUUGUGUUUUUUUAAAUUUCUCUUUGUGACUGUUGUGUAUCUCUUUUGGGAAUUUUGUGUCUUUGUUGUUGUUUUCCGUCUCUAUAGCUGUUUUGGAUUUCUAUUUGAUUGUUGUGUUUCUCUUUUGGGGGAUUUUUGUGCCUCAUUGUGUAGUUUUGUGUUUCUUUGUUGUUUUUCUGUUUCUUGGUGUUGUUGUCUUGUGUGUCUUUCUUGAUCUUUGGGGUUUUUUGUGUUCCUUUUGUCUGAUUGUUUUGUUUCUUAUUUGGGGAUUUUUGUGUCUCUGUCAUUGUUUUACAUCUUUUUUCUCUUUUUUAAACUUUCUUUUUGCUUCAGUUAGUGUUUUUGUCCUUCGGAGACUCCUGGACUGCUGUCUUCUUUUAUUUUCUGAUUAAUAAUCACGCUUUGAGCCACAUUUUUAAAACAAACAAAUAAAUUAGGAUUGAGGUGAGACGUUCCUGAGUGUCCCUGAAGGCAGCGCGGAGAAGCCCCGCCCCCCUCGUGGCCGGCGGUGCGUUCAGGGUCUGUUUCCUGCACAGUUUGAAAGUUGUCCAGAGAGAGAAGAAGAAGAAACAGAAAAAGAAGAAACAGAAGAAGAAACAGAAGAAGGAGGACUCGGAGUUCGGCGGAGGUGUGAUGGGCUGCAGCCACAGUAAGAAGAAAAGCAAAUGCAAGAAAGGAGAGAAAGCUCAGAAAGGCAGCCGCCGAGAUGAAGGAGGUAAAGGUGCGACGGCCGAGCCGGACGUCAGUCUGGAGAAGCAGCUGGAGCGCUUUGAGUGGCAGCUGAGGAUUUUAAAAGAGGCCAAUGGGAACCCAGAGAGGGCGGAGCUACUGAAGGACCACGCCCAUGAGGAAGUGUGUGCCCUCCUUCUGAGCAUCCUGGACAAGGUGAGAACGGAGACGACGGCUGAUCUGAACGUUCUGCACGAACACAGAAGUAAAUCUGCCAGCGAGGAGCACGAGAGACGCGUGGAAGAGCUGCAGAUGAAAGCAGAAGAGGAGAAAGCCGAGCUGACGGAGAAGUUCCAUGCGGCUGAAACCCUGCUGCAGGCUGAAGUUGCGACGCUAAAGGCAGAACUGCAGGUUUUCAACGAGCUGAAGAGGAGAGCUGAAGAAUCGAGCUUUAAAAAGGACCUGCAGAGGAACAUCCAGGCCCACGGCAGCCCCGGUGCAUUCUGGGAGUCUGAGCAGGAGUCGCUGGUGUUCGUUAUCGAGAUGAAGACUGAGCGCGUGCAGGAGCAGAACAGGAAGCUGCAGCAGAUGGACCAGCUGGUGGAGAAGAACUUGUCUUUGGAGGACCAGAUCAUUGUCACUCUGCAGCAGAACGAGGACCUGAUGGUCCGGAUAGAAAACUGCCAGACUCUCGUUCAGCAGCUGUCGAAGGAGCAGCAGGACCUGAAGGGGACGUUGGAGAGGCAGGCGGCGGUCAACCAGAAGCUUUCUCAGGAAAAAGAGCAGCUGAUGUUCAAACUGAGGCACAGGGACUCGUGUCCGACCAUCCAGCUGCCGGCCAUGAUGCAGGAGAUCGCACCCAGAUGAUGGAAACCGUUCACCGGGUUUACCGAGCCAAAACCACCAAGUUUACCGGCUCCGGGGACGGAAACGAGACUGAAUACCUGAGUUACACCUGCGUUAACGCAUCGCCUCUGGUCUUAUUAACAGAUUCUUCUGGUUUCACUGGUAGCUCUGACCUUUUACAGCUGGCUGGUCACACUGAACAGAUCUCUUUAGACUGGACAGAUGUUUUCAGACUGGACAGAUGUCUUCAGACUGGACAGAUGUUUUCAGACUGGACAGAUGUCUUCAGACUGGACAGAUGUCUUCACACUGAACAGAUCUCUUUAGACUGGACAGAUGUUUUCAGACUGGACAGAUGUCUUCAGACUGGACAGAUGUUUUCAGACUGGACAGAUGUCUUCAGACUGGACAGAUGUGCUCUUCCAUGUUGAUUUCUAAAGCGUUUUCCAGAAAGCUGUCUGUUUCCUCACAGCUUUUUGUGAAAACAGAUCAUUGUGGCGCCAGAGUACUCAGUCUGUAAAGUUGCGUUAGCCGGUCUCGUUAGCGCGCUACUUUAGCCGAUGAGCUAACAGAAGUUUACUGAGUCGUUCUGAAAGUGUUCUAUGAGCCUCUGAUCAACACGUUUUCCCUCCACAACAACUGUUUUAUGCUAGCAUCUCAGCUAAAGAGACUGAAACAUCAUGACAGUGUUUGGAUUUGCUGGAUUAGUUCAGAGUGUAAUUACUGUGUUUUAAAAAUUCUUUCAAACAGUUGUGUUUUGAUUAGUGUAAUUAGCAUUAAAUCCUUGCAGGGCUGCUGACGGAGCUGAAAAUUUAGUGUGACUUAACAAAACUGACUCCUAAGGAAGUAAUUGUGGCUAAUGGUUAAGCUAACCUCUUGUUGUGUUUUAUACAUUGUCUUAAGUUAUCCUGUGAUGUAAGAUGGCUACCAGUUAGCUUGUUAACUAGCUCAGACAGAAACUGAGCUCUAACGGACACAUUCACAGGAUGAUUAAGUUGACAUCCAAGCUAAGCUGACUGCUAACUAGCUUGCUAAAAUAGUUUGCUGGCUGGCGUGUUCGCAUGAUUACCAGUUAGCCACUUGGGUUAGAAUUAACUCGGCUUUUGUAUGAUCAUUUUAAGAUAUUCAGUGCUAUCACUGGGGUACCAGUUAGCACCAGAGCUAAUUAGCUCUGGUGCUAACUGUACCAUUAGUUGUAAUGGUAACUUACCAUCACCUAAAUGCUAGCAUGCUAGCUCUAAGUUAAGUAGCAAAAGUUUCAUGCUGCAGUAGAGAUCUAUGUUCUAAAUGCUAGCAUGCUGGCUAGUUAAAAUAGCUCACGGUUUGAUUACAUUGACAUCUAAAUUUACAUUCAAAUUUAACUAAUGCUAACAUGCUAAAUAUCAUGCUAAGUUAGCUGAUCUGCUAGCUAAUAAGGUAGUGGUCAUGUUGGGGUUAGCUCUGCUUUUAUACACUCAUCUUAAGUUGUUCAGUGAUGUGAUAUUGGUACCAGUUAGCAUGCUAACUAGCUGAGAUGCUAACUGUACCAUGAGUUCAAUGGAUAUUUUAAGAACACACAUUUGUAGCAUCACUUAAUGUUAGCAUGCUGGCCUCCUAAAGGGAUGGGAACAGUUAGCUAAUUAGCUCAGUUGCUAACAGUAACAUGAGUCAUUUUAAGUUAAUUGAAAGACACAGAUCUGUAGCAUCCCUUCUUUCAGAACACACUAUGCUACACUACACGGAGCAGCUCUGUGCUAUAUGCAAAUAUGCUAGCUGAUGCUAACGGAUUUAAUGCAGGUUUCUCUGAGUUUCUCUGUUUAAUCUGAAUCACAGAACAUAAGUCACUGUAAAUACGCUGCCUUUCAGUCAGGCUGGGAAUAUAUUUUUUUAAAGAUGUGAAAAAUUUUGCCGUUUUUUUUGAGUUCUUUCUCUGAGAUGAGAAGUUUCUAUUGCCGAAAAAUACCGUUUCCAGCGUUGGACAGCUCUUUGUCCUCAUGCACCAGCACUUUGCCCUGGAUUCCCCAGGACUCAGAGAUUUAUUCAUGUUGUACAGAGUUGGAAUUUCUCUGCUUUUGACGUGUAAAAUGUGUUUUGUCUUUUCUCUGGUGUGAUGUAGAGACACUCAAAGAAUUUCUUUUUGGCUUCACGAAAUAAAAUUUCACUAAGUUUG